AUGGGUGUGCAAGCUUUGGUGGAUUUGGCCAUUCGAAUUCCACUGGACUGGUUAAUAAGAGUCCUAGUGUUAACUAGCAUGCUGCUUCAGAUUCUUCUGGUUGUUUGUGGUGCUCGUAGAUAUCGAAGCUCAAGCCUAAUUUUGCGAUUAGUUGUGUGGGUGGCUUACAUUUCUGCCGAUCCAGUGGCCAUCUCUGCGUUGGGUACCAUGAUGCAUUAUGCUCGUCGUGAGAUAUAUGGCAUAUGGGCUCCUCUCCUGCUCGUCCAUCUCGGAGGCCCCGAUGCAAUCACUGCAUAUUCUCCAGCCGACAACGAGCUCUGGUUAAGACAUGGUUUCUACAUGCUCUACCAUGUUUCACUCGCAGUAUAUGUCAUAUAUGUAUCGGCAUUUACAGGAUAUCUGCUGGUUGCUGCCAUUCUUGUACAAAUUGCAGGCUUUAGCAAGUAUGCUGAGAGAACCGUUGCAUUGGCAUUUGCCAGCAACUCUCAGAUAGUUAACUCUACUCAGCCAAUUUAUGCCUUAAUGAAGCACGAGGAACUGAUAGCACGGGAAGUGAAUAGUGAAGAGGAGAAAGCAGCACCAUCGGCGGUGAAUGGUGAAGAGGAAAAUUACAUUUACCCACUCAUGGGGGAGAAGCAUCUUUACUAUAAGCUGCAAAACGAGAGGUACGAAUAUACAAGCUGGAAAUCUUUGCUGCAAGGAAAAAAUAUAGUGACCAUUAAAGAUGUGUGCGAAGAAGAGGGCAACAAAGCAACAGACGACUACAUGCUCUGUUUGUCUUAUGCAUUGUUCAAGAUGUAUAAGCGGAGGUUCGUGGGUCUUUAUUUUCAUGAAGGGCCUCGACAAAAAACCAGGAGAUUGUUUAUUAACAAUCGUUUUUCAAAAAAUGUAGUUUUCAAAGUUGUCGAGAGGGAAUUGAAGUUCAUGUCUGAUUUCCUAUUUUCGAAGUCAAGCCUCACAGCGAGGACAGCAUUCAGUCUGUAUGGAGUAUUAAGGCGCUUUCUCAGCGCCUCUUUCCUGGCGAUUGCUGGCUUUCUAGUAUUCAGUGAAAUCAAAGAUUAUAUUCCAGCGAAGGCAACGAGUCAUAAUGUACAUUCUCCUUGCUGUAGCGUUUUUAAUGGAGGUCUAUCAGCUGUGCAAAAUUAUUGUAUCUGA